GGAACUUUAACUCCUAAACCGAAAGUAUGAGAUCUGCUGUAGUGAACUAGCUCGGGGCAUAUUUACUUCAUAUCGGAUCGUCAAUUGACAGUGGAUUUCAAUAAUAAAGAUAUCACCAUAGCUGCGGAAGUGUUUGGCAAUAUGAUUAGCGUGUUCACAGCAAUUCUGGUGGCCUUCUCCAGUUUCGCUUGUGUCGUAAGCGGAGCGGAUGAUGAUUUCAACAUUGAUGUGGUGCAACAGAAUGCCCAAGUGUACCAUGAGCAAAGUAUGAGAAAUAAUGAGUUCAAUUACGGCUAUCAGGUGGAAAAUGUAAACAAUCAGUUUCAGCAUAAGGUGAAGGGACCGGACGAUGUGACAUAUGGAUGCUACGGCUAUAUUGAUCCGAAUAACGAGAAACAAUUGGUUUACUACGUGGCCGACCGUCAGGGGUACAGAAUAGUGACGCCCGAUAGACCAACAAAAAUUUUUACCGAUCGGGUUGCCAAUAGCAUCGAUAAGCUCGACGAUCAGUUGAAGGGUAAGACUCUUGACGAAAAGGUUGUUGCAUGGAAUGACCUAUUUUUACCGGAGUCCUGUCGAAGGCUCAACGACAUACUCACUAUCACUCACGCUUCGAAGAAUGGUAGUGUAGCUCAAGGUUCGGCCAGUAGUAAUAUCAUUUCACGAUUUCAACCUGUGAGUCCAGCGACGCCGCCACGAAGUUCACCAACGUCAUCUGUGAUUUUUACUACCGCCACAUCAACACCCGUUAUAGCAAGUACAACGCAGCAUCCGACUGCACCACCUACGCCUGUAUUUACGACAACGACUACGACUGCUCGACCGACAACCGUGAGUUCCUCAACGGUACGUAUUAUCCCUGCAAUACCUAGUACUAUUAGUACCGUGGGUAUUGCCCGUACAACCAGCACAGUACCAGUUACUCAGCGCCCAACUACAACAUUGAUACCACCGAUAGCUGCCCCCACAGCAUCUAAUCGAAACGGAUUCCCACAGCUUCCCGCUCCCACGAAUCCAAACAGCAACCGCAAUGAUCAAAACCAAGGUUUGAAUCUCGGUCCAUUCAAUGGCUAUGUUUAUCCGAUUCACGGUGAUUGUGAAGCCUCCGCAUACAAUGUCAAACAGCUAAUGGCACAGAUGGAAAUACUGAAUGCUAAAGUUUUGGAACUGACUAAAAAUAUUCAGGAUUUGCAAGAUGCAGGCACAGCCCGGAGUCCAUCAUGUGAAUCCUGGUUGGCACGUCAGCAGUUUCCUCUGCUAGUGUAUGUUCCAAUCUUACUGCCCUAUCUCGGCAACAACUUGGCCUGGAAUGUACCGUUGAGCACGCAAAAUUCGGCCAGUAGUACCUUCCAAAAGAUGUGCACUGUGUGUCAAUAAAUAUAUGUAAAUGAUU